AUGCUUCAAAGGGCAAAAGCUUUGCCAGAAAAGAUAGCUCAACAAAAUUGGAUUUCUCGACGCCGGUCCAGAAAGAGAAACAUUCUUGCAGACUACAAGGCAAUUCACUUAGCUGACAAGGCAAACCUUGAGUCUAAGUUUGGUGAGACUGUCGUGGACCUUCUGGACUAUGACAUGUUGUCUGAUAUUGAGUCAGAUGAGGAGAAAAAUAAAACUAGAUAUACUCCUAGAAAUAGACAUCCCUUGGUGGAUGAAUACUUUACUGUUUUGAAGAAACAGAGACUUGCUAACAAGGGACCAGACGUCAUUGGCAAUUCUGUCUAUCAAAUUAUUUUGAGAAACACUGAGUUAUCGAAUGAGAAAAAGGCACGUGUUGCUGCUUGGAUUCACACACACCAACAAUAA